CAUUGCGGAAGGGCGGGCGGUAUUUGAAGAGGACACGGAAGGGGCGGGGUGUCACUAAACAGCAGAUUGCACCGGGGUGAAAGCGGCUACGGGGGAAUUAAAAAAAACAAAAGCACAUCUUCACUGGAGAGACCAGUACUGGGGAAGGCACGAUGUCCGAUAGGAAAGCGGUGAUUAAAAAUGCUGAUAUGUCCGAGGAUAUGCAGCAGGACGCGGUUGACUGUGCGACCCAGGCGAUGGAGAAGUAUAAUAUCGAAAAGGACAUUGCUGCAUUUAUCAAAAAGGAAUUUGACAAGAAAUACAAUCCUACCUGGCACUGCAUAGUUGGCAGGAACUUCGGGAGUUAUGUCACGCAUGAAACAAAACAUUUCAUCUAUUUUUACCUGGGUCAGGUUGCAAUUCUUCUAUUCAAGUCAGGCUAAAAAAGAAAGGGGGAUAAACAUGAACUUGUGCACUGACGGUAGGAGCCACAGUCCCUUUAAUGGCUAAAAGGCUGCAUGGACUUUAUCUUCUGUGUAUAUGUAGCAGUAAACUUGCUUUAACGCCCACAAGGCUUUUUCUUUCUUUUCAUUGCACUGAAAUGGUUAACAGUGGCCUUUAAAUAUUAACAAAAUACCUGGAAUGGUUCUGCCUGAAGACCUGGAUUGCUAGAAAUCUAUCCAGAGUAUCUUUUAUUUUGUUUCAUUCAGAAACUCAUUUCACGUUUCUUCUCCACACCCCUCCACUCUUUUAACCCCCCCAUUCCCCUCCCCUCCCCCCACCCACACACACACACACACACACCUACAAACUACCUUACCCCACAUCAAUUCUUUGUACACAGAAGAAUGCAGUAGCACUGCAGGUGUUGGGUGUGAGAUAUUUAUUGCUUUUCAUUUAGUUUUUUUUCAUAUAGCAGAAGAUAGCUAUUGUAUUGCCACUUUUUUUUUUCCUUUGUCAGAAAAGGUUAUGGGAUUUGAUACAUCAAUAUUCUGUGGCUAGGUAAGGUUUGUAGGUUUAAAGAAAAUCCGCUACAUAGAAACAUGAAAUGGCUGGCCUGCCAGAAAUGUCGAGAAUGGUUUGAUUGCACCUUAAUUGGGACAAAACCAACUUGUUUUUCCUUGUGCUGUAAUCUGCCAAAUGUGAAGAAGCCUUCAGUUUAAAAGAUCACUGUCAAACUUACAACAGUCAAAAGCUACUCUGAAAUGUAGAGCACUUAGGCAAGUUGUCCGUUAUCCUAUUUUUGUUUUUUCCUCCCCCCCCCCCACCGUUUUGCACGUUGAGGGAGGAUUUUCACCAAACUGUCUGUGGUGUUUUGUCCAUUCUUAAACUAUCCUCCUUUCCCACCUGUAGCACACUAAAAGGUUGCAAACUGAUCUUUGAUAUAAGCAAAUAUGUAAACAAUGCAAGGUGCUUAUAUUAAAUGUCUUCCCAAAUGAUGUCUAUGAAAUCUAAAUUUUUUCACUUCUCUUAUCCUGGUGUGUAUUUAUUUGUAUGUACAUAGCUUAUGAUUAAAAGCAUGGAAAAGCUUCAAUCCUGGUUCAUGCAUCUGAGCUAACUUAAUGUAUUUGCCAAUAAAUGGAAAGUGUCAGACCUCUGUCAGUUA